CGGUGCUGGGCGGGAUGGGGAGGCGGGCACGGCUGCUGUAGGGCCCGAGGAGGCCGAAGAUUUGCCUGUAGAGCCAGGGCUACCGCUAGAUCCUGGUGGGCAUAGAUGCCAUGGCACUGCGGGAGCUGAAGGUCUGCCUGCUGGGGGAUACGGGGGUUGGAAAGUCGAGCAUUGUCUGGCGGUUUGUAGAAGACAGCUUUGACCCCAACAUUAAUCCCACUAUUGGGGCCUCUUUUAUGACCAAGACAGUACAGUAUCAGAAUGAAUUGCACAAGUUUCUCAUAUGGGACACUGCUGGGCAGGAGCGGUUUCGAGCAUUAGCCCCAAUGUACUAUAGGGGAUCAGCGGCAGCCAUCAUAGUGUAUGACAUCACAAAAGAGGAAACCUUAGCGACGUUAAAAAACUGGGUAAAAGAGCUACGUCAGCAUGGACCCCCUAACAUAGUGGUGGCAAUAGCCGGGAACAAAUGUGACCUGAAUGAUGUCAGAGAAGUGCUGGAAAAAGAUGCCAAGGAUUAUGCUGACUCUAUCAAUGCUGUGUUUGUGGAGACAAGUGCUAAGAACGCCAUCAACAUCAAUGAGCUCUUCCUAGAAAUUAGUAGACGAAUACCCUCCAGUAACACCUGCGCCACAGCUGGGAGGGGAUUCAAGCUUCGAAGACAAUCCUCAGAGACUGAUCAUAGAUGCUGUUGACCACACGUGUAUGAACUGGUAGACAGGACUGUAUGGUCGGGGAGCCUCCACCGGACUGAUCACCACUAUGCACACAGUGUGUACGCUUCCUCCGCUACAAGCUUUGCACAGACGAUAUCUACUUUAAAGGGAAAAUGUUGCGCAUACACCGUCCUUCUUAUACUUUAUUAGGUGUAUUAUUGCAUAAUACUCCUAGGCGUAUACAGAAUCUGUGUUCUUACCCUCUUCUUCAAUUUUAACAAUUUAACCCAUGGUUUCCAUGUAUAUCCUUUAGAAGGACAUUGAGCUCCAAUGGAUUAGGAGAUAAUUACGGCCCGAUAGUUCAUCCGAAUCUCUUAGGUCCGUUUAUAUAGGAUAUCUUUAUAGAGGUGAUUUGCAUCUUAUUUAAUUUUCCUCCUCUCCGUUUGUAAGAUCUCUGCUUGCUGUUAGUGAAUGGCAACAUUCACUGUUUACAUCUAGAGACCGGAAUCCGGUCCUGAUCAUGGGCAUUGGCACGAUUGCUCGCUGGCGCAUAUUCAAAUGUGAGUUUUGCUGCAGAUCUGCAGGUAAUUCAUGGCAGGAUCUGCAUAUUUAUAAUGUAGUGUCUAAUGCGGAUUUCACCCUUUGCAUUGUGGGAGGUAAAAUCCACAGUAAAGUUCAAUAUAUAGGACAUAUUCCAGAUGUAAAGAAUCUUCCACUGAGCGUGAAUGGAGUUUUAUAGUCCACAUUCACUUGCAUUGUACUGUAAUUUUUUGCCGAACCUGCACUGAAACCUCACAACAAGUCUGCAGCAUCUAAACAUGCCCUCUACUCCAGGGUUUCACAACCAGUGUGCCUCCAGCUGUUGCAAAACUACAACUUCCAGCAUGCCCAGACAGCCAAAGGCUGUCCGGGCAUGCUGGAAGUUGUAGUUUUGCAACAGCUGGAGGCACAAUGGUUGGGAAACAAAGCUCUAGUCUAACAAGCCACUGAACUAUUACUAUCACUAUGCAGUAAUAAUGGCUUUGUUCACACUAGCGUCAUGCUUCUGUAUUAAUACAGAAAGCAUUAACAAUGCUGAUGGAUGCUACCGCUUCAAUCUGUCUCUCCAUUGACGCCAGUGGGAAAAAUAUUAGAACACCAGGUAGAAUAGUAUAGCAGGCUACGCUAUUUUACCUGCCAAGAAAAAUAACUUGAAUAAAUCCGACAAUUGUGCCAGAGGGAAAAAAAAAUCCCAUUGAGAUCAAUAGGGAUGGAAAUGUUAUUUUGGAAUAGAAUAACUAUUUAGUGUAAAUGGAGCCUAACUGGGGGUUGUAAAUAAGGCAUGGUAGGGCUUCUCAUUUAACUUCAAUAAUCCUCUCCAUCUGCAAGAUAUAAACCUUUUUUUAUUUAUUUUUUUCCAUAUGCAAAUGAGGCUUAAGUGCUUAGGGGCCGUCCCCUAGCAGGACAAGAGCCCAGAUAAGUCCAGGCCAUGUCUUCUUUAUCUAGUGGCUGCCUGUCAAAUAGAGGAGGCGGGUGAAAACAGACUUUGGGGUGGUGAUAAAGAGGAUUUAGCAGGACUUGGCUGGGCUCUUUCUUGCCGGGCUGGGGAAUGCCCCCUGGGCACUUGAGCUUUGUUUACAUAUUAUCAAAAAGGCUUAUAUCUCACCGAUAGUAAGGUCUAUUGAAAUAAAUAAAAAAAAGGCAUGCCCAGAAUCACGACAAGUAUCUCUCUCUAGCCAUGGCCUUCUUCACACCCCUGUUUUCCAGCUGACAGGUCCUUUUUACAAUGUCUUUGAAUCACAAAUCCCAGCAUGCUCUGACAGAUGCACUACAGUCUGCACACUUUAGUAUGUGGACAAAGUAUAGUCCAUUUUGUUUUAUUUGUGGAAAUACUUUAAUUUCUUAAAGGAAAUCUGGCACUAGUUUCAUCCGCACUAACAAGCAAAGCUGGCUGGUAGUGCGGGUGACACUGUUUAAAAUGAUACCUACCGUGCCCGGAUCUAUUUUUUAAGAGCCGAGGCAAGUGCUCUCUAUCACCCAAAGUGCAAAAGUGUCACACUAAAAAACGUGCACAAAGGAUGCGGUCUAUCGCUAAGCCCUUCUCCAACAGGAGUGAGGCCCCCCAACAAACCUACCCUUCACCUCCGGGCCAAAAGGCACCUGCAAGGAUCCAGGUUCGAUGCCCCUUUUCACCGAAGCUACUAAGGGGCCGAAAAUGCUCCUGGCUUCAACCUAGGAGUUAACCAGGGUAUCAGCCUAGGAGCUGUACACUGAUGGCAUCUUGACCGAAGCCAAGAUGCCCAGGGGUUGCAGGGAGGUGAGGAACCUAAUGGCCACACACACCUCCCCUAGACCUCCAGGAGGGACACCCAGAAGGGCUACCGCAUCCUGACAAUCCUGUGUACAAAGAAAAACACAGUGGCACAGUGACAUACAAAAAAAGAAUAAAUAAGUGAAUGAAGUGCAGAUAUACUGCCCGGUCAUCCGGCCGGAUCUAUAAAAAUUUCCCCCAUCCUAGCCAGAAGGCCGGGAUACCAAGGGUGAGUGCCAAAGGUGAAGAGUAAUGGUGCAGUGCGUUCACUCAGUGAGUUAUAACACCCAGUGAAUUUCGGCACCUCAGGCUCACCACUCCCCGAGGCACAGAAGUACCUCGGCUCUACACCCCUCUACCUCAUGGCGAGACCCGGAGGAAACCAGUCACAUCAGGACAGCCGUCGAGCUGAUUCCUCAGAACCAGCCCCGGAACGCCCCCCGGUACACCUGCUCCCUCCAUGCAGCAUCCAUCCCACAUCAAUGGCCAAAUCCUAAACCACUGAUGAGAACAGAUACUACACUUGAUCUUAGCCAAAAGGCAGGAUCUGAUGCUACAUUCCUGCAAUAUCGUUAUUUUUCUGAAUAUGUGAAUGAGCAGCCUGGAGCACGGGCAGGGGUACGAUCAUGGCCUUGGGUAUGGUGACGUCAUCAUUUUUCUUCCAGGCUUAUUAAUAUUCACUUCAUUUACCGCUGUCUAAGUGCCUACUGUGCAAAGCAAAACGACAACUCCCAGCAUGUCCGGCUGUCUGGGAACAUCGCUGAUGUCACAGUACCUCGGCCGCAAUCGUUACACCGCCUGUGCCCCAGACUGCUCAUUCACAUAUUCAGAAGAAUAAUAAUAUCGCCAGAACGCAGUGACAGAUCCGGGCACGUAGAUGUCAUUUUAAUCAGUGUCACCCGCACUACUGGCCAGUACCGCUGGUGCAGAUUAAACUAGUGACAGAUUUCCUUUAGGGUCUAGUCAGUAUCCAGCGUAGAUUUGAUGCGCACAAUUUGAUGUAAAGGAUUUUCUACUGUAAAUUUCAAUGCAAACCAAAAGACUAAACAAAUCCUGCACAAAAUCUGCGCAGGAUACUGUACGUGUGAAUAGACCCUUUAAGAUCUUCUCUCAUGAAGACAACCCCUGGGUGUAUAGAAUGCUAUAGUAGGGGGUGAUCUGCUUGACACCCUCCUCUACGAACCAGACUGGCACAACAUAUGUAAACAAUCUUGACAUAUAAGUGGCCACCAUGUAAUACUAUAUUUGCCCCACAUUAAAUUUCAAUAAGCUGUAGAUAUGAAUAGUCAAAGGGCAGGAGGGAAAAGAGCACUGUAUCUGUAUAAAGGGGGACUGGAAAGUAUUAGCAGUAUGUUUGCAACACUCACGAUCUCACGAAGUUUUGUGACCUCUUACAGGGAAGUAUCACUCUCAUUUGGGGACUCUGUUCCUCUUGUGUGCAUAUUUUAAGUGGUUUUAUUUGACUACUUUCAAUACUUACUUCUGUGUUGUUGAGAUUUUGUAAAAUUUCUAAGCUCUGCUAUUCUUUUCAAUUCUACUUGAUCUAUUUUCUUAAUACAUAAAGGGGGUGUCAGGUAUAGGCUUCUGAUUGUUGUGAAAAGGCUCCUCCAACAAUAAGCAGAGGGUGUUCAGUUACAUCUUUACCAGUGAUCAGCUGCAAUCUGUGGAGGAAUCUAAAAGAAAGUAUUCUAUUUUCCAGCAGCGCCACCACAGGUUAAUGAGUGAUAAUGUGAGUGAUAACUAAUAUGGCUUCCAGCUCCCUUGUUUGUCCAAUUGGUUUGCAUUUACAGGAUAAGCCAUACAUUUCUGGUAUCCGCAGAGGCCAUCUCUGGGGCCCACACCUAUCUCUGCAUCCAGGGUCCCCUGGCCCCCUCUAGAUCAGAUGUGACCGCCGGAGGUGGUUGAAAGCCAAAAACAGUUGAAUGGGCUGUUUUACAUAGAGGUUAGUUGGUGUUGCGUAAACAACAAAGCAUUGGGAGCUACAUUGUCCAGGCAGCUCCCGUCAAUGGCUAUUUUGUGAACAACAUAACUCAGCCAAUGCAACAGUUUUAGGCUUCCUGACCACCUUCAGAGGCUGAAACCAAGGUGUGGAUCCUAGAGGUGGCACCUGCAUCCAUCAGAUAUUUCUUGGACAUCCUGUGGUUAUGCCAUUAAUGGCCCAGAUGGGAGUCUCCCUGUAAGGUGCAUAUGCUUCAGUUUUAGGCACAAUAUACUGUUUUAUAAUGAAGUGGAGUGAAGUAGGAUAAGGUUAUAUACAGUAUGGGCAAUUCUGCUGAAUUUUGCACAUUGCUUUGAUCUAGUGGUGUUUGUGGAAGCGCAGUAAGUGAGAACCACUUUGAUUCUCUAUGUGGAGAACACUUCUUGUUGAUAUUUGCAUUAUGUCAGAUUUUCUAGUCCUUUCCAGUCAGUCAGUGGACGCCAAGCCUUGCUGUGUGAAGGCCAGAGAAUUCAGUAAUUGUCACCUUUAUUAAUGUUUAACGCAUUUGUAUUUACACAAGAUGUGUCAUAGUUACUAUGGCAGAUGUAGACCAAAUGGGUACUACGGUUACACAAAGGCUGCCAUGGCAAACCCCUAGAAAACUCAUGUAGAUUUAUCAAAUAGAUUUUCUUCCUUAGAUUCAAGCAAUCAGAUAGUUCAGAAGUCUAGAGUCUGGCAGCAAGUAUUCCGUUUCCCUGCGGCGCCACCAAUGGGGAAAUUAAACAUUACACAGCCCAGUAGCAUGGUCCACUGGAAAAAGAGCGAUAGAUGCUUAUUGUCAUUGAAGUAGAUGAGGGUUGUGAGUAAAGGAGGCCAUAUACCUUCAGUAGCUGUCGGCCGAACAUUCAUUUGGCUAACAGCUCUCCCAAUCUCACCGUUUACAGGUUUUCUCAAUGGAGAGAGUGGGGGUAACCAUUGCCACACAGUCCUGGCAGCAGCCUAUUUCUGUGAGGCAGUUUAGAUACAACGUGCCCCAUCCUUCUUUCCUCUGACAUGCUCUAUUUUGGGGGAGGCUGAGGAGGCCCCCAUAAACCUUGGCUGACUUUUGUAUGGGAACCUUUAGGGAACCCCUCUGAAGUAACUUAUAAAGUAUUAGAAUAUAGGGAUUUUAAAGGAGUAGUCUGGCACACACUUUUUCAUUUUAUCCCGUCCGG